AUGGCACCUCAAUCACUUGAUCCCGCGACAUUUGAUCGCACCGACCUGACCACUCGCCAUGUAGGCCCGCUAGUGCUGCCGCACGAUCUCCUUUUUCACAGGCUUCAUUUUCUGGCAUUGCACAGCAACGCGUCUGCGGUCAGAGAUGCCUUCCGCGGCAUCGACGUGAACUAUCGGCAACUGUUGAGUGAUGUGGUAGCCGCUCGAAAUCGCAUACGAGCAGCAAUCUCUCCGAAGGUACUCGACACGAUCUACGACGAGCGAGAGGCCUCGUUCGUGUUGAUUGCACGUGGUUAUGAGUUCGUCGUCAUAUUCCUGGCGAUGUUGGCACUAGGUGGCAUUUCAGUCCCGACAAGUAUUCAUAUCACCAAAAACGAACUCAGCCAUGUGUUGCGCACAUCCAGAGCCUCGGCCACGAUAUGCUCUAGAGAAUACUCCUGCAUAGCACAGUCUGGGUCACCAGCUAAGGAAAAUGAGGAGGAUUACUGUGUAGUAACUUUGGAUGACGUGAUCAAUAACACGCCGGUGACUCCCAGCACACUGACCUUCUCAUCAUCCAAGAUCCCAGAUGCGAAUAAGCCCGGGUUGAUUAUCUUCACCUCGGGGUCUACUGGUCCUCCUAAAGGGGUUGCCUUGCGACGGUAUAACUUGUUUGCAAUUUCAAGCUUGCAGUGUUGGAGGCAGAACAUCCGACCAGGAUACGUGAGCUUGAACUUGCUGCCUACGCACCACGCCACAGGAUUGCUGGUCAAUAUCCUUCCUGUUAUAGUCGGUGGGGGCUGCGUGGAAUUCACUCAGCCUAAGUUUGACGCCGUCAAGAUCUGGGAACGGAUCAAGUUGGCAGACAUCAAUCUGUUUUCUGCAGUCCCAACGAUCUACGUCCGUCUCCUGCAACAUUGGGAGAAGUGGUCACCAGGCAUUGACGCGGUUGAGAGAGAGCUGUAUCAAACGGCAGUUUCAAAUAUUGAACAAUUCCACUGUGGCUCGGCCGCUUUGCCCGCAUCCAUUGCAUCUAAAUGGGCGGCACUAUGCAGAGGCCGGCAAAUCGCGGAGAGAUAUGGUGGUACGGAGUUUGGGAAUCCUUUCGCGCACAGUCCUGGAGUUCCUGUUGGCUCAGUGGGCACGACGAAUCCGGGCAUAGAGUCCUACCUUGAGCAGGGAGACGAGGGCGAGAUCUUCAUCCGGUCCCCAUUCCUUUUCUCCAAAUACAUAUACGACAUCGAAGCUACCAAAAAGUCAUUAACCGCCGAUGGGUUUUUCAAGACUGGUGACGUGGCCGAGAAGUAUGGUGAAAACUACUUCAUUAAGGGACGCAAGUCGGUUGACACAGUCCUCAAAUCUGGCGGAUACAAGAUCUCGGCGCUUGACGUGGAGCGGCAGAUCCUCGAACACCCCAUAAUUGCUGAGGCGAUCGUUGUUGGUGUCGAUGACAAUGAGUUUGGCCAACGCAUUGCGGCCGCAGUCGUCUUAAGCGAGGUAAGGACAUUUAUCCUCCCACUAAAACCCCUAACAUACAUUCAGGGUGCGGAUUGCCUGUCAUUGGCAGAGCUUCGAUCGUUUCUCAAAGACAAACUCUCUUCCUACAAACUACCGACAUUACUACGCGUUGUUCGCGAAUUGCCCAAAACGACAAGUCUAAAGGUUCCCAAACUACUGAUAAAAAAGGACUUGUUCGACACCAAUCACCCUGAUAUUCAAAAAUGGUCUUCCUCGAGGGUUAAAAUUUGA